AUGCCAUUAGAUAACGAACACUUACUUCAUGAAAAUUCCAUUGACCCACCAAAGGGAUUCUUUGAAAGACACCCUGGAACUCCUAAUAUACCAGGCGGUUGGGAAGAAUACUUGAAGCUGUACAAUCAGUCCAUCGAGAACCCCUCAAAGUUUUUUGGAGAAAAAGCAAAGGAAUUCUUGUCAUGGGCUACUCCUUUCACUGACGCUCGUUACCCACCUGGUAAUGGAUUUCAGAAUGGUGACUCCGCCGCUUGGUUUCUGAAUGGUGAGUUGAACGCGUCGUACAACUGUGUUGAUAGACAUGCUUUAAAGAAUCCAGACAAACCUGCCAUUAUUUAUGAGGCUGAUGAACCUAAUCAAGGCCGUACGGUUACCUAUGGAGAGUUGCUGAAGGAUGUUUGUCGAAUUGCCCAAGUAUUGACUGACCUGGGUGUGAAAAAGGGUGACACUGUUGCUGUUUACCUGCCUAUGGUUCCAGAAGCUAUCACCACUUUAUUGGCUAUCGUUAGAAUCGGUGCUAUCCACUCUGUUGUCUUCGCAGGUUUUUCAGCUGGUUCUCUACGUGAUCGUAUAUUGGAUGCUGAUUCUAGAAUUGUUAUCACUUCUGAUGAAUCUCUGAGAGGUGGGAAGAUCAUCGAGACUAAGAAGAUUGUUGACGAGGCUCUGAAGUCUUGCCCAGAUGUUCGUAAUGUGCUGGUCUUCAAAAGAACAGGUACACCACAUCUUCCAUGGGUUGAGGGUCGUGAUCUUUGGUGGCACGAGGAAAUCAUUAAGCAUGUUCCGUACUCUCCCCCAGUGAAUGUUAGAUCUGAAGAUACUUCAUUUUUGCUUUACACUUCUGGCUCUACCGGAAAGCCUAAAGGUAUCCAGCAUUCAACUGCUGGCUACUUACUGGGAGCUCUUUUGACCACCAAGUAUGUCUUUGAUGUUCAGGGUGAUGAUAUUUUAUUCACUGCUGGUGAUGUGGGCUGGAUCACAGGGCAUUCUUAUGUAGUUUACGGUCCACUUUUAAACGGGGCUACGACAGUUGUUUUUGAGGGCACCCCAGCUUACCCAGACUAUUCACGUUAUUGGGAUAUCGUUGACAAACACAAAGUUACUCAGUUUUAUGUAGCACCAACUGCUCUUAGGUUGCUGAAGAGAGCUGGUAGCAAGUAUGUCCAGAAUCAUGAUUUGUCUUCAAUCAGGGUUUUGGGUUCCGUUGGUGAACCUAUAGCCGCUGAAGUUUGGGAAUGGUACAACGAGUAUGUUGGAAGAGGAAAAGCUCAUAUUUGUGAUACGUAUUGGCAAACAGAGACUGGUUCUCACAUUAUUGCUCCAAUAGCUGGUGUGUCAAAGACCAAACCAGGUUCAGCAUCUUUCCCCUUCUUCGGUAUUGAUCCGGUUAUUCUAGAUGCUACUACUGGAGAGGAACUCAAAGGUAAUAAUGUUGAAGGUGUUUUGGCUAUCAGAAAUCCAUGGCCAUCUAUGGCUAGAACAGUCUGGAAGGACUACAACCGUUUCCUGGAUACAUAUCUCAGGCCAUAUGAAGGUUAUUACUUCACUGGUGAUGGAGCUGCCAGAGAUCAGGAAGGAUUUUAUUGGGUUCUGGGUAGAGUUGAUGAUGUUGUUAAUGUGUCAGGUCACAGAUUGUCUACUGCCGAGAUUGAAAGCGCUCUAAUCGAACACAAUUUGGUAGGAGAGUCUGCUGUCGUCGGAUUCCCUGACGAGCUGACUGGUUCUGCUGUGGCCGCGUUUGUGUCUUUGAAGAAGGACGUCGACAAUCCAGCGGAAGUGAAAAAGGAGUUAAUCCUUACUGUCAGAAAAGAGAUUGGACCAUUCGCUGCACCUAAACUCAUCAUCUUGGUAAGUGAUCUUCCAAAGACCAGAUCAGGUAAGAUAAUGAGACGUAUUCUCAGAAAGGUUUUGGCUGGAGAGGAAGACUCUCUGGGCGACAUUUCAACUCUUUCAAACCCUUCGAUUGUGGAAGAGAUAAUCUCUACCGUUAAAAGGGAUGCCCGCAAAUGA